CGGAUUGGAGAGAUGUUAAGCCCCUUGUCCUAACGGAUAGACAAAACUCAUCGAACGAGCAACUUUAGAUGAAUUUAUAUUUACAAGCAGAAUUCCUGAGUAAGGUUAUGACAUUGACCGUCGUAGUCGUUUGAUCAAAUGCGGGGGACUGUUUUCCGACCGCGAGAGUGCAUUGGAGGACGUGACAUUACGUUGCUUAUAAUUAGUUGCCUUCAAUAUGACUCACCCUCUCUCUCUCUCUCUCUCUCUCUCUCUCUCUCUCUCUCUCCAUCCGUUCAAAGAAACGUUUCUCCUUCUCCAAUCACUUCUGCAGAUUUCUCAAACAUUCCUAACAUUUUUCCUCCCACCAUUGUCGCCAGGAACAUGAUACGAAGGGAGUUUGGUAGGAGAUUGGCGGUUCAAUUCCUGGGAAAACUGGCUGACCAGCAAGAUGGCGAUGAUGAUCAGGACGACGAUGGGGUAUCUUACACGUGUCAAAUUGUUGGUCAGAUCAACUCCAGGGGAAUUUGGUUUGGAGAUGACCCUUUUGCAUUCUCCGUCCCUCUCCUCAUGAUGCAGCUCUCUCUCAUCUCCAUCUUCACUCGUUCCCUCUAUUGUCUUCUCAAGCCCUUUGGCCAACCCUCCAUUGUUUCUCAUAUUCUCGGUGGCGUCAUCCUAGGUCCUUCAAUUCUCGGGCGCAGCUCGAUGUUUGCAUCUAGCGUAUUUCCAGCUAAAGGAAAAGGUGUCUUUGACACAUUCGCGCUGUUCGGUUUCAUGCUCUUCAUCUUCCUAAUCGGUGUUAAGACCGAUCCUUCCAUCGUGCUGAAAUCAGGUAAAAGGACAUUAGCCAUUGGAUUCCUAGGCUUCUUUCUUCCAUACGCAUUGAGUGGCUUCACAGCAUUCAUGCUCAACCAUUUCCUGAGUUUGGAUUACGACGUAGCCAAGGUGCUUCCCUCACUGGUAUCUAUGCAUUCCAUGGCGGCCUUUCCAGUUAUUGCUUGCUUUCUCGCCGAGCUCAAGAUACUCAACUCAGAAAUCGGACGCCUAGCAUCCGCAUCUUCAUUAAUCUGUGAUGUUUGUCAUUGGUCCAUUAUGACAGUCAAGUAUGUGGUGCACUUAGCCACCACAAAAUCAUUGAGAACCUCUUUUGGAUCCUUCUUCUCAAUGGUGCUGCUCGUGAGUUUCAUUGUGUUUGGAAUUCGUCCGGCUGCCUUGUGGGCAAUCCAACGCACUCCAGAAGGCAAACCUGUGAAAGAGAGAUAUAUUUCUGCAGUUGUUGUUGCCCUUCUUUCUUGUGGGUUCAUUGCAGAAACAAUUGGUUUAAGUGCCUUUCUGGCAUCCUUUCUUCUGGGUCUGGUAAUACCAGAUGGACCACCCUUGGGAGCUACAUUAGUGGAGAGGCUCGACUGUUUUGUUUCAAUGCUGCUAAUGCCCGCGUUCUUCACCACAAGUGGACUAAAAAUGGAUGUCUUUGCCAUAAAAUCUCUAAAGAAUGUCGGCGUCAUUCAAUCAAUUGUUCUUGUUGCUUUUGUUGGUAAGCUUGUAGGGACGGCAUUGCCCCCACUCUUCUUGAGGAUGCCAAUUAGAGACGCCCUGUCUCUUGGUCUUAUAAUGAAUUCGAAAGGCAUUGUAGAACUUGCUAUGUUGAAUAACUGGAGGAUGACCAAUGUCAUGAAUGAAGAAUGCUUCGCCAUCACGAUUAUCUCUGUGGUGGUUGUAACAGGAGUUAUCUCUCCCAUUGUUAAGCUUCUAUAUGAUCCUUCAAGGAGAUUUGUCGCCUACAAGAGGAGGACUAUACUGCAUAACAGGCAUAAUGAAGGAUUGCGCAUUCUAGCUUGCAUCCACAACGAAGAGAACAUGCAAGCGACUUUGAGCAUCCUCUACACCUCGAACCCCACGAAAGAGAGCCCCAUCAGUUUAUGUGUCCUCCACCUUGUCAAACUUGUCGGUCGUGCUUCAUCCCUUCUGAUUGCACACCCGCCUCGUGAGAAGUCCUCCGAUAGCCCUACUGAGUCUGAGCGCAUCUUUGGCGUAUUCAGGAAUUUCGAGAAGAAAAAUCAAGGCAGUCUAAUGGUGCAUUGCUACAAGGGAGUUUCGCCCUAUUCAACAAUGCACAACGAUGUGUGUUCCCUAGCUUUAGAGAAGAGGAUCACCCUUGUAAUCAUUCCUUUCCAUAAGCAGUGGAAGCCUUGGGGAAGAGUAGAGACGAGUCAUGCUUUUCGGCAACUGAACAAAAAUGUACUGGAGAAGGCGCCUUGCUCAGUCGGCAUUUUGAUAGAGCACAGCAGUAGGAAGAAGUACUAUGCGGAGUCUUCCUAUUACAGAGUCGCCGUGCUCUUCUUCGGGGGUGCGGACGAUAGAGAGGCACUAGCAUAUGCCGGACGAAUGUCGCAACACCCAAGUGUACUACUUACUCUCAUAAGAUUUUCCAGCUCAAUGGAUAUAGUAGGGGGCACAGCGAGGAGCAAAAUGCUUGAUGGUGAUAUCUUGAAGGAUUUCAGGAGCAACGCCCAAAGAUACGAACGGGUUUCUUACCAAGAGGAGGAGGUAAUGGACGCGUCGGAUGUGAUUCAAGUGUUAAGAUGUAUGGAAAAUGGUUAUGACCUUGUUCUGGUCGGGAGACGCCAUGGAGAGUCGACACUGAUGCAAGAAGUAAGGAAGUGCAGCGAGAACGCAGAUAUGGGAAUGAUUGGGGACAUUCUUGUGACCGCGAAUUUUAGAUGCGGAUCUUUGAUAUUGGUAGUGCAACAGCAAACUAAAGUAUGGGGACUGCGUGACCCUGAAGAGUCUACUCGGUUGAGAAGAAUAAAGUUGUAGAGUUGGGGAGAGAUAGAGGCGACGGAGAUGAAAUAGUAGAUGUACAGUAAAUGCAUUUUUCAGAUAAUUUCAAUAGGACUUUCUUUUGUUUUCGACCUGUCAAACACAAUACAGAGAUGAUUCUCC